CGCCCCUGGCUGCAGCUUUCCCGACUUUGUGCGGGCUGUGUGACUCCGCAGGGACGAAAUGAAGGUCUGUGCCAGGACCCCGAUUACUUUUCAGAAACACGAGCAUUAUCUUGCAGAAACGAUGACAUUUACUGGCUUAUUUUUCUUCUGCAUGCUGAUGAACAUGCUAACAGAUGCCCGAUCCAUCCAGGAUGGAGAUGAUCUGUACCAGGAAGCUGUAGCCUUGCCAUACUGGCCUUUCUCAUCCAACGAUUUCUGGUCCUACGUGGAAUAUUUCCGGACCUUGGGAGCCUACAACAGGAUCAAUGAAAUGGCCAGAGCUUUUUUUGCCCAGUUCCCUUUUGGGAGCCACCUUGGCUACCACGUGCCUGACCACGAGCGCUAAGUGCCUCACUCAGCUUUGCUAGAGCCAGUGCUGAGGUGUUUGGGUGAAUACCUGUCUGACAGCAAACAUACCUAGGCUGCCCUCAGCCACCUCGUGAUACUCACUGCAGUCACACAUGGCAUUUCAUGCUUCAAAUUAGUUUCCUUUUUACAAUUUAUGGGUGCCAAGGUGUUAGAGCAAAUACCUGCCAGUGAACGCACCUGGGCUGCCCUCAGCCACUUUGUGAUACCACAGCCAUGCACAGAAUUUCAUGCUUUAAAUUAGUCUCUUUUGUGCAACUUAAAGGUGCCAAUAAAUGCAGCUGGGCUGGCCUCAGCCACUUAGUGAUACUCACUGCAGUUGCACUCAGCGUUUCAUGCUUUGAAUUUUUUACAAUUUAUCCUUUCGCGUGAAAACAAUAAACUCCUCCAUUCUGCUGCACAGUUUUGGGAGCUUU